CUUCAGCUCCAGACCUGCUCAGGCUCCUAGAGCCUGAAUCAUGUCACUUUGUUUUGCCACCAUGCUGGCCCUAGCGCUGUGCCUGGGACAGAGAGUUAACACGGAGGGAGGAUCUGUACGGAGGCCUUCCAUCUCUGCUGAGCCAGGCCGUGUCAUCUCCCAAGGGCGUUUUGUAACCAUUGUGUGCUCAAACCCUAGUGGGUAUGAUUUGUUCCGCCUGGAGAAAAAAGACCUACCAGUCGUGGAAAAUGUGAACACUUCCCACUCUGUGACAGAGGCUCGAUUCCGCCUUGGCCCAGUGAAUGAAAACACAGCUGGACCAUAUACCUGUAUCUAUUGGAAAGGGUCUAUCUGGUCCCCACGCAGUGAGACCCUGGAGCUGAUAGUAACUAGAGAAGUUGUCACCCAGGCUCCUGAGCCAGGCCCAGCAGUGACCUCAGGCUUACGUUCUGAGGAUCACAGAGUGGAGAAUCUCGUUCGGAUCACUAUGGCUUCUUUGGUCCUGGUGACUCUUGCUGGUCUGCUGUUUCAGGCUUACCACAGCUGGAGAAGGGAAUGAGAGUGUAAGCCUUAUGUUUAGGCAGAGAAACAGGACUCACACACUGGAGAGGGCAAAUAAGGAUAACGGAAAGGUGGCGCAAUGUACAGUGAUCUCAAUACACAAAACUAUUAUAUUGAAACCUGUUCUCUUGUCUGGUAACUAAAUUAGUAAAAUAAAUAAAUUUAAAAUGGA